CUCCGCACCCUUGGCUGGCCGGGGACCACGCGCCGGCUCACCCCAACGGGUCGAUGACUGAUGUUAUCGCCGUCGUACGCCACUCUCCGUCCAUCCCCGGUCAGCCUCAACAAGUCGGGCCCAAGCUUCCAUUUACUUGCAUUCCGCCCUUUCGUCUUCCUCUUAACCCGUUUUAAUUACGAACCUUCGUCCGGUGCUUCCUCCGCCACCGAACGCGCUUGACUUCCGUUCCCAUUCCUCCUCUUCGUCUUGCCCCUUUCCGCCAACCAACCUGUCCAAGCGCUCCGGAUCGUGUGCUUGGCUGUCUGAACACAGUAGCAAACAUGGGCGUCAGCCACAAGGGUUCCCCCAACAGAUGCGCUUCUGCAGGCAGAGUGACCGCCCAGCUUCUGCUCUCCUUCCUCGCCUUCUCCGUCGCCCCGUCCGCCGCCGCCCCCGACCACGACGCUCACAACCAAUUUGUCCUGCCGCUACCGCAGACCCCGAUCCCGCCAUUAUCCCCCGAGCCUGCCGCCCCGGCCGACCAUACAUUCACUCUCCGCCAUGUCUUCCACCACGGGACGCAUCGGCACCCCAGGCUGCACCGGCGGCAGGAUGUCUACCAGAGCGAUGCUGGUAUCGUCUGGCUCGCCGCCGAGGACGGUCACGCCCCGCAUCAGCUUCCUACACUGGCGGCCAAGAGCCGCCCGGGCAAGAUCCAGCGGCUGGUGGACCGGCGGCCGAGCGUGGUAGAGCCUAUGGUGGCCGAGGCGCGCCAGAGGGGCUCCGUGUCGGUUCUGUCGGCCGAUGCCUGGUCGCUCGAUGACGUGCCCAUGCCUAACAUCGCCGACAAGAAAACCAUCGUCAAUCUGGCUUACAUGGCGGCCGACGCCUAUGUCGAGAAGCCCGACCUGCCGGACUGGGAGGAAGUCGGCGAUCGGUUCAACCGCAGCGCCGACUUUGGCUGGGAGACAGACGGACUACGCGGCCACGUGUUUGCCGACGAGACCAAUUCCACCAUCGUCAUCGGGCUCAAGGGCACAUCACUCGCCGUCUUUGAUGGGGAGGGCACCACAACCAACGACAAGGAGAACGACAACCUCUUCUUCAGCUGCUGCUGCGCCCAGCAGGGCCAGUGGACCUGGCGGCAGGUCUGCAGCUGUGCGACAUCGACUUACUCGUGCAAUGUCACAUGCGUCUCGCAGUCCCUGCGGGAGGAGAACCGCUACUACAUGGCUGCCCGGGAGCUUUACUCCAACGUCACGGAACUGUACCCAGACUCCAACGUGUGGCUCACGGGACAUUCCCUGGGCGGUGCCGUCAGCUCGUUUCUCGGCCUGACCUACGGCCUGCCCGUCGUUACCUUCCAGGCUGUCCCUGAGGCUCUGGCUGCUGGUCGGCUAGGGCUCCCGAUCCCGCCGGCCUCGGACCCCAACUUCCCGCAGACUCGAGAGUAUACGGGAGCGUACCACUUUGGCCAUACCGCCGACCCCAUAUAUAUGGGGUCGUGCAAUGGCGCGACCGCGUCCUGCUCCUACGCUGGCUAUGCGCUUGAGACGGCCUGUCAUGCGGGGCAGGAGUGUGUUUACGAUGUCGUGGCUGACAAGGGCUGGCGUGUCGGUGUCGGCACGCACAAGAUCCGGACUGUGAUCCACGACGUGCUCCUCAAGUACGAUACCGUCCCCAAGUGUGAAUCGACACCCGAGUGCCGUGACUGCCUUCUCUGGAAGAUGUAUGAGAGCAACGGGACCGAAAGCACCACCACAUCGAGCUCGACUACGACAUCGAAGCCCGUAACUCGCACCGAGACUUGCAAGACGCCUGGCUGGUGGGGCUGCCUGGAUGAGACUACAACGACGUCAGCCACGACAACUUCAAGCACCACCACGACUACCACGUCAACCUGCAAAACGCCUGGGUGGUUUGGCUGCAAGGACAAGACCACGACAACAACGACGACGACUACUCCGACAGCCACGCCCACAACCACCUGUUUGACUCCGGGGUGGUUCGGAUGCAACGACAAGACAUCACCAAGCAGCGUGGUGCCAUCGGCUACCUCUCACACCAUCACGGCACCCCCUAUGUUUACGCCAACUGAGAAGCCGAAUCCCCCAGAAGAUUCGCCAGAUAAGCGGAAGGGAAAAUGCGUCAGUCGCAACUGGUUUGGCAUGUGUAAAGAAUGGGACUGCCCUGGUGGUGAGGAGGUAGGCGACCUGUAGCAGGGCGGUUUUGUAUCUCUCAUUUUUGUUCCUUUCUUGUACUAUUGGCUGGCGUUCUUCCUUUCCUUCCUUCUUCACUGUCCGGUUACGACUCAAGUCGGUUACCCAGGACGCAUGUAACAUUGUGGGAAGCGCAUGGGCCAGUUGCCUUAUGAGAUCAGAAUGUUGAAAGCAUCACACGAGUUCAGGUGCGGACUUCCAGAUAGACGACGGUUUCGCAUUGGUCUUCGAGAUAGAAUUACAUGGGAAUCAUAUCUCGCCAUUUUAGUUAGCAUCCAUCAAUACAUUAUGCCCGUCGAUAAUUCUCUAUA